CGGGCUUGACUCGUCUCGUCUCGACUCCACGAACGAACGAAACACGCCUUCUUCCCCAACGACCAAACCAAAGUUUGGGUGAAGAAAAAAAAAUAUCGCCGCGUUUUUAUCCCCCACGAGACGAGUCGAGACGACCAAAAGCCUAACUAAUCGGGGGCAAGACGAGGAGGAGAGCGGAUUCUCGUCGGCUUCGGCGACCGGAAGAGGAGAGGAGACCGACCCCGCGCCGUGUUCCGCCGCCGCCGCCGCCGCCGACGACGACGACGGCAAGUAGGAAUUUGAUUCUCCUGGGGAAUUAACUUGUUAGGAGAAAAGGAAUUUGGGAUGGGCGACCAUGUGGUGGUGAAUGUGGAAGGCUUGGGAAACGAUGGAGGGGCUGUGGAGAAGCCAUCUGAGGCCGUGAACAGCUCAGUGGUGGCUGCUGCGUCGCUUUCUACGACUGUUGAUACGGUCGAGGAGGGCGGUGGAGAGGAGGAGCCGCUCAUCCAGGCGGCGGAGUGCCGUAUAUGCCAGGAGGAGGAUAGCAUCAAGAACCUCGAGAAGCCUUGUGCUUGCAGUGGCAGCCUCAAGUAUGCUCAUAGAGCUUGUGUGCAACGCUGGUGCAAUGAGAAAGGAGACAUUACAUGUGAAAUCUGUCAUGAGCAAUAUAAGCAUGGAUACACAGCUCCACCUCGUGUUGAACCAGACGAUACCAUCAUAGAUAUCGGUGGUGAUUGGGCACGUGACCCAAGAAUUAUUGCUGUAGCGGCUGCACAACGUCGUCUUCUUGAAACUGAGUAUGAUGAAUAUGCUGGUACUGAUGCUAGUGGUGCUGCAUUCUGCCGUUCUGCUGCACUUAUACUAAUGGCCUUGUUGCUAUUGAGGCAUGCUUUGUCUAUCUCAGACAAUGAAGGAGAUGAUGAUGCUUCUACCAUGUUCUCGCUCUUUCUACUUCGAGCUGCUGGAUUUCUGCUGCCAUGCUAUAUCAUGGCUUGGAUAUUCAGUAUUUUGCAUCGCCGGCGACAAAGACAGGAAGCGGCUGCAAUUGCUGCAGCAGAGGUGGCAUUCAUCCUGCAAUCAGCCCAAGGCCAUGCCCUUCAGUUCACCAUCGCUCCAGACUCCCCCGCCACUCCACAGCAUGAGCCACAGCAGCAGCAGCCGCAGCCGCAGCCGCAGCAAUAGCUAGUUACUUCAGUAGCGUCUCUCAACUACUGACUCGCACAUGCAGAAGAAGAGGAUACCUCAGCUAGUGGCCGCUUUGUUGUUUCCUGUUGCAACUGGCCCAGGGACGCUAAGAACCUGGCCUCGCCUUGUGUGGCCGGGUAGAAACCUUGUAAAACGCCAGAGAUUCAUUUGUUGCAAGCGACCGCAGCUUAAGCCCCGCUACCCUUCGAUUUGUCUCUGUGUAACUCAAGCAUUGAUUUAUUGUAAAUUUGUCGUCUGUUGGAGUCCAUUUUUUUAGUUCCUUUGCCAAGUGUUUUACUGCCAUGUACAGUAUUAUUACAUGGGAGCUUUUAUCUUUCAAAGAAUUAAUCUGAGUGAGUGUGAAACUGUUAGGCUACGUU